GAAACGAUUGAUUGUCAAAAGUUUUUCUAAAAACAAACUUUUUCUUUUUGUUUAGAAAUGGAAGAAUGGAGUAAAAGCCACAAUUCUUCAAUUUGUAGAGUUUGUUUGACUGAAGAAGGAGAAUUUCAGACGAUCUUCAUGUCGGUUCAGUUAGACAAAAUAGGGAUAUCCAUUCAUCUAUCAGAAAUGUUAUCCUCUUUUACCCUUGUUCAGAUGACUCUUGGUGAUGGUUUACCUGAAGAAAUAUGUUAUACAUGUGUCGAAGAUACAAUUGCAAUGUAUCUGUUUAAACUGAAAUGUGAAGAGAGUGAUAGAUUGUUAAAAAAAAAAUUAUUUGAUAUGAAUGAAACCCAAACCAAGUCAAAUAUUGGGGAUAAAGUUCCUAGUUCAGUUAGCAACCCAGUAGGAAACAAAACCAGGGACACAACAAAAGUUUUCGAAGAAGAUUUUGUGGACUUUGACUAUCCAAAUGAUGACAGUGAUGUGGAAGCGGCAUUUCCUGAGGAAUCGGCUGAAACAUCUUUACCAAAAACCACUGAAAAGUCUAAGCAAUUUGAAUGUGAUGUUUGUUUUAAAAGGUUUUCACGAGAUGACUUACUAAUGAGGCACAAAAUUGCCCAUGCCAAUAAGAUGCCACAAGAAAAAGUAGAAAUUGAUGGGACAUUUAGUAUGGCUGAAGAUGACACUGUAGUACUAAAGGCUGAUGAUUGUGUCCAAUUAUUUUCCUGUCAAAAAUGCAAUAUGAUUUAUUUAAAAGAGGCCAAUCUCAAACGUCACAUGGAAACUCACUCAGAAAAACCAAAUAAACACCAUUUGUGCAUGGAGUGUGGAAAAAAUUUUAGUAAACGAAAUCAAUUAAGUGCACACUUAAAAGUUCAUUCAGGAGUUAAGCCUCAUUUGUGCAAGAUAUGCUUUAAAGGUUUCAAUCAAAUUUCCAAUUUGAAAGACCACCUCAGAACACAUAACGGUGAGAAGCCAUUUUUAUGUUCAGUAUGUGGAAAAGGUUUCAAUCAGUUGGGCAAUCUUAGACAACACACAGUCCGGCACAGUGGGAUAAAGGCACAUUUAUGCAGCACAUGUGGAAGUGGGUUUGCUAGCAAAGGAGAAUUAAACACCCAUCUCAGAAAACAUACUGGGGCUCGACCAUUUGUUUGUAAUGUUUGCAACCAUGGGUUCACAACAUCCAGCUCCCUCACAAAACACAAGCGGAUCCAUUCAGGUGAAAAGCCUUAUGAGUGUGAUGUUUGUCACAUGAAUUUUUCAAGAUCUGGCAUAUUGGCUCGUCACAAACGAACCCACACUGGAGAAAAACCCUAUCUGUGUUCAUUUUGUUCCAAAGCAUUUACUCAGUCCAAUGAUUUAACAUCCCAUAUGCGGAUACAUACUGGCGAAAAGCCAUAUAUCUGUGAUGAGUGCGGACAGCCAUUCAGGCAAAGCUCAGCUCUAAAAACUCACAAAAAGGUACACUUGAAUUCCGAGAGGAAGUUAGUUGCAUUGAUGAAAUUCAAGCGGGAAAUAAUCAAUGAUCGCGACGAGCUAACAAAGCCCUUGCCACAUUCAUUACAAAGGAAAGGUCUCUCGUUGUAUUAUGUUGUGGUUGCCGUUUUCUCUCAACAAGAAAGUGGGGACAAUAGUGAGGUGCAUAGAAAGUCUUGUGAAAAUAUUAAUCAUCAUAUUGGUAAUGGAAUUAAUGAUAUAUCAGAAGCUUCAAACCACGAAUGGAAUUUGAAACAAAAUGCACAUUCUAUAGUGGAAAAAGAACUAACACCGCAAUUUAGGGAGAAAUACAAAUGUUUAGUAUGUUGUAUGAGUUUUAGUAACAAGAGCAAAUUUUUGAGUCACCAAAAAACUCAUGAUGAUUCAAAACCUUUCAAAUGUGUCCAAUGCUUUCAAUCAUUUUUGAAAGAAGUGCAUCUUAAUGUACAUUUAAGGUCUCAUACCAAAAAUGAAGAAAAGAAAUUUGACUGCAAAAUAUGUGGCCAGCAUUUUAUUUUUGAAUAUCUUCUUAAGCAACAUGAGUUUAAACAUUCUGAUGUUAAGCCGCAUCCUUGCCCAAAAUGUGAUAAAGGAUGUUUAACAUCUGAAAGUUUGCGUCGUCACAUGAAGGUGCAUGACGAAGAUUAUUCAAAAAAGGUGCACAUCUGUACAGAUUGUAAAAAAGAAUUUUUAUAUCCAAGUGCUUUAAUGGAGCACAUGAAACUGCAUACUGGGGAGAAGCCCUACCUCUGUCCGUCAUGCGGCAAAGGUUUUCGACAGAUUGGGACUCUUCAUUAUCAUCAGAGAACACAUACAGGUUACAAACCAUUCAAAUGUGGAGAAUGCCAAGAGAGUUUUAUGUCACAAAGUAGAUUAAAAGUUCAUAUAAGAAAGCAUACCAAUGAACGACCUUACGUUUGUGACGUAUGUGGAAUGGCUUUCAGACAAUCAGCAGAUUUAAAGAGUCAUGGUAGAACCCACAGCGGUGAAAAAUCUGUUGUGUGUCCCCUUUGCGGCAAAAGAAUGUCCAAAACAGGACAACUUACGGUACACCUGCGGAGUCAUACCGGAGAAAAACCAUACUCUUGCACCACUUGUUCGAGGGCUUUCACCACAAGGACUCUGCUAACCAAACAUGAAAGAAUUCACACAGGCGAACGACCCUAUGUGUGUCACAUUUGUGGCAAAAACUUUUCCCAAAGCUCUACUUUAAAAAGCCAUUCAGUUACUCACAUUUUAACACCCAAGGAGAAAGGUGCAAAGCACAAGCCAGGCAAGAAAAAAAAGCAUAUUAAAUUGGAAGAGUUUGACAUAAAAACGGAUAUCAAAGAUCAAGAAGUGAUUGCAAAAACUGAGUUUUUAGUGAUAUCUCCCGCGCCCAUACCUUUGUUAACUAACUGACUUCAGCAACAAUCCCCUUUUUUAAAAUAAAGACAUUAUGUAAA